AUGGAGGCCAAAAAGCUAACCGAAGGUGUCUCUGCCGACGGCCACGGACUUGCGAAGCAAAAUUCCUUGUCCUCGCUCUUUGCCUUCGUUCGCAAACGGAAUUUCGUAGCACUCCUACCGGCAUUGCUGUUCUCCAUUGGGAGUGGAUUGGCUAUUCCCACAAUGUCCUUACUGAUGGGUCGAAUAUUCAGCUCUUUUGCAGGGUAUAGCAGCAACAAUAUUGGUUCGGAGGAACUACUAGCUUCUGUAUCGAGGUAUACAAGCUACUUAUCACUUCUCGGAGCGACUAGGUGGCUUGUCAGCGGCUCGUUCUUCGCGUCGUGGCUGGUGUUCGGAGAACUUCAAGCGAGAGUUGCCCAUGAGGAGCUAUUCCGGGGUAUUGUUGGUAAAGAUAUGGAAUGGUUUGACACACGCAAGGGAAUCGCCGAGCUAGUUUCUGGGUGUCAGACUCAAAUCAAUGAACUCAAAAGUGCAGUUUCGGAACCGCUUGGAUUCACGGUCCAAGCUUCUGUGACUGCGUCCGUAUCACUAGGGAUAGCUUUAUAUCACUCCUGGUCGCUGACCCUGGUGAUCCUCUCAGGAGCACCAAUAGCACUCUUACUCCUCUCCUUGCUCUCAAUCCGUAUGGAACCCUUCAUAGAAGCCCAAAACGUGCACAUGUCCUCCUCGGCAAACACGGUGAGUAGGUCCUAUACCGCUAUCGAGACUGUCAAAGCGUUCAACGCUCAGGGCCUUGAGCUCCGGAACUUUUCCGCGGCGCUAGGAAAGGCCGCGAGAGCGUAUCGGUCGCAAGCGAAUCUAUUUGCGCUGCAGGUCGGAUGUAUUAGGUUUAUCACCUUUGCAAUGUUUGUGCAGGGGUUUUGGUAUGGCGGAGUGCUGGUUCGGAGAGGGAGGGCCGAUGCUGGAGAUGUUAUGACCACGUUUUGGUCUUGUCUUAUGGCAACCCAGAGCUUUGAGAUAAUAUUGCCACAGAUGAUGCUGUUGCAGAAGGGGAUGGCUGCAGGAGGAUCGCUGAAGGGAUCGCUGAAGCAGGUCGAAAGGGGGAGGAUGCCUUUAAAGACGGGAGAUAUAGUCCCAGAUAUAUUGAAUGGAGAAAUAAAAUUCACAAAUGUUUCAUUUACAUACCCAUCACGGCCAAGCCAACUCGCCCUCAACAUGGUAGAUUUCUCCAUCCCAGCUCACAGGACGACGUUCAUAAUUGGGCACAGUGGAUCCGGAAAAAGCACAAUUGGCAAUCUUGUGCUUAACAUGUACCAGCCGGUAUCUGGAGAAAUAACUAUCGAUGGUCUUCCCUUGAACUCUCUCGAUCAAGAAUGGCUGAGGGAGAAUAUAACCGUGGUUCAACAACCGAGUGUCCUAUUCAAUGAGACGAUAUUCCGGAACAUUUCCGUUGGAAGGAAAGAUUAUCGGAAUGUUACCGAAGACCAGAUCAGAGAUGCAUGCCGUAUGGCAAUGCUGGAGGAUACGAUAUCAGAAUUACCUCUCGGUUAUAAUACUCUUGCCGGAGUUGGCGGGAAACAAUUGUCAGGUGGUCAGCGUCAGCGGGUUGCGUUAGCUCGUGCAAUACUGAGAGACACGGAGAUAUUAAUACUUGAUGAGGCGACGAGCAAUUUAGACCAUAAAACUGGGUCAUCCGUGAUGGAGUCAAUCCACGAAUGGAGAAAAGGCAAGACGACUAUUAUAAUCACACAUGACAUAACACAGAUCAAACCAGAGAACUAUGUUUUCAUUCUUGAGGAUGGUAGACUGGUUCAAUCUGGUGUUAGAAGUUCCAUAGAAGAUAGGCAUGGGCUAUUUCAAUCAUUUCUGAAAGCUUCAUCUCGGGAAGCUAACCGCGGGAAGGAAGAGAUAAGCAAUGACAUGGAACUCACAGAACUACCUAGCUUCCAAUCCCCACCCUCACGCAACCGCUCUUCAAGCGGCUACCGCAUCCUCCUUAUAUUCGGCUUCAUUGCAGCAAUGUUCCACGGCAUCUCAACGCCGCUUUUCUCAUUUUUUCUAGCGAGACUUCUCCUAUCAUUCUUUGACACUACCAAUACACCCUUGGAAUCUCGCAAAUGGUCAAUACUAGUCCUCGCUAUAGCCGGCCUAGACGGAAUAAACUCGUACAUAAUGCACUACCUUCUGGAGUCUUGUGGGCAAGCAUGGAUCGACUACGUCCGCAUCCGGGCGUUCUCCCGAAUACUCUGUCAACCGCUCACUUGGUUUGACGGGCACGAGGCAUCUUCGAUAACAGAGCACUUGGGAAAGAAUGCAGAAGAAAUGCGCAAUCUUCUUGGACGAUUCGCUGGAUAUGCAUUCGUGGCUACGGUAAUGAUGAUUUCCGGAAAGGGCAAUGAUGCCACCAGUCGUAUCGGGAACAUAUUUGAGGAGACAGUUUCGAAUAUCAGGACUGUCAGGGCGUUGUCAUUGGAAGGGUAUUUUGGGGGGAAGUUUUUGAAAGCUACACGGGCUGCUGUGGGGAUUGGGAUCCGGAGAGCGAUAUAUGCAGGGAUCGGGUUUGGGGUGGCGGAUUCAACCAUAUUAUUUGCUACGGCGUUGAUAUUCUAUUCCGGGGCACGCCUUAUAUCAACUGGUCAUUAUACUCUAGAGGAGAUAGUCACUGUAUUUACGCUAUUGCUGUUCUGCCUAGCGAACGUUAAUGCCAUUAUUGGAUCAACUAACCUGCUAGUUCCACAAAUAAAUAAUAGCAAAGAUACGGCAACUCGUGUUCUCAAUCUAACAACGCUCUCCUUCGGCUCGCACGAUGAACAGAACGGCACCAGGGCACCAGACUUUACGGGUCCACUUGUUUUCCGGAAUGUUACUUUCGCAUACCCGAGCCGCCCCAGCCUCCCCGUCAUUUACAAACUCAACCUGAUCAUACAUCCCGGUGAAUGCGUUGCCAUAGUAGGACAUUCCGGUUCUGGUAAAUCAACCCUAACGUCUCUCCUCCAACGUUUCUAUCUCCCACUGCAUGGCACAAUAUUCCUCUCAUCGGACCCUCUCUCCUCACUUGACCUUCCAACUCUCCGCUCUCACAUAUCCCUAGAAAAUAUCUCCUACGGCGGAGGUUGUUCUCGCAGCGAGGUAGAAUCAGCAGCGCGUAGUGCCGGAAUUCAUGAAUUCAUUGAUAGUUUGCGAGACGGGUACAACACCUGCUUGGUCAACGGUGGAAGCGAACUUUCAGGUGGCCAGGCCCAGAUGAUUGCGAUUGCUCGGGCGCUUGUGAGGCCAUGCUCGCUUCUGAUAUUUGAUGAGUGCACGAGCAGCCUCGAUAGUGAGAGUGCAAGAGUGGUGCACGAGACUAUUAAGCGGUUGGCGGAGGGAGAAAGGAAGAUGACUGUUAUUAUUAUCACUCAUAGUAAGGAAAUGAUGAGGUGUGCUGAUAGAAUUGUGGUUAUGAGUAAGGGGGGGGUUGUUGAGGAUGGGAGGUUUGAGGAGUUGUGUACGGGAGAGGGGGAAUUGAAUAGAUUACUAGUAAGGGGGGAAUCGAGAAGAGGGAAUAGGGGAGGCGGGUUGGAUUUGGUGUGA